GACACCCCUGCUGGAGGCAUUUUCCCCCCAUUGAUGCAGGUAAGUAAAAAGGUUGUGUGGGUGAAAUUAGUGGGAAACAAACUUUUGAACAUUACUCAUUAAAAAGGGGAGACUAAGCUGAGGUACCAACUGGAGUGAAGGCUCAACUGCAGCUACAGGUGACACUGAUGAGCUGAGCCACCAGGGGGCAGUAACGAGCCUUCCUGAAUGUUAUCCUACUAUUUCUGUUUUCUCUCACAGGAAAAAAGUUCUGCAAAUUCCAAACGGUGGAGUUCUAUUUAGUAAAUUUUUGUUUUAGUGAAGUAUCUUACACCUGUUUUGAUAUCAUAAUAAUAAUUAUAUACUGUAAAAUUGCACGUUUAAUUCAUUUCUUCAGUCAUGUAUUAACCGGUUGGGUUAGACUCAAGCCCCGCCCCCGUGGGAGGAGUGAACAGCUGGAUCCUGUGAAGUGUCUCGUGGCAGCUGGGAGACUGAGCACGAGCUUCAAACGGACCGUCUGUCGCUGCACCGGGUAAGAAGAGAAACUUUCAAAGUUUCAGACCCAAAGGGCACGUUUGUCCUGCCACAGCCGUUCUCCAUCUUCAGGGAAAUGACUUUGUCACCAGCAAAUAAAUGUUAUUAAUACUUGAGUGGAUUUCGUCUGGCUGGCUGAAGAGGAAAAAGAGGAAAAGACAGUUGAAGGUGUUGGAAGAUGUCUCUGUGGAUGAUCCUGCCUGUCAGCCUCCCAGUUCUGAGCAUCACUGGGAUAUGGGUGGUAUAUGCCAUGGCUCUGUACAACCAGCAUGUCUGUCCGGUGGAUAACUGGUUGUACAACCAGUCAUGUGAAGAAAAGCUGUAUUUGCAGAGUGGGCCCUCCUUGUGCUGCACACUGGACAAUGUACCUCUCAUCAGUAAAUGUGGGACCUUUCCUCCAGAGAGCUGCUUCUUCAGCCUUAUCUGCAGCAUGGGCUCAUUCAUGGUUGUGGUGAUUGUGCUGCUCCGCUACGCCCAAGUCAUUGAGAAGCACCAGAACUGUGUCCUCAACGUGGCAAGUCUUUGCACGGGCUGGAUCUGCGCUGCUGGACUCAUCAUGGUUGGAAACUUCCAGGUGGAUAAUGCCAAAGUUCUCCACUAUGUCGGAGCGGGCAUCGCCUUUCCCACCAGCAUGCUGUUUGUGAGCCUCCAGUCGGCGCUGACGUACAAACUGGCCAAAACACAGGGAGAGUACAACGCGGCCCACCUCCGACUCUUCAUGACGUUUUUGGCCUUCGUAGCCCUGGUGCUGAGUGGCGUGUUCUUCUGUCAGGAGAGCUUCUUCCUGCAGCACGCCUCGGCCAUCUUCGAGUGGGUAUUCUGCGUCAUCACCAUGCUGUUCUACGGGACGUUCGCCUUCGAGUUCGCCAGCAUGUCCGAGGAUACCAUGAUGGUGCUAGCCAGAGGAGGCUCCCCGGGAUCCGCAGCGAGAGAGCACAAGAUGGACUCGCUGGGAGUUUUAGGAGGACCUGCCUCACAUCCACACCAAACUGAGAACCUGACCAUGCUGUAGCCGCACAGCACCCGCAGAGGUCACCCAGACGAUUUGUUUAGUGCGUUCGAGACCCGGAUGAGCUGUGUGGUUGUAGUUAUUCAUUUCUGUUCGCCGGGACAAAAGCAGGCCAGUGCAGAAACGGAAAGGUGGGUUUUUGCUGUACUUGGAUCAGGAUUUUAAGCCUAAAAAAUGAACUUUGCAUUUUUGCACAUUGCACAUUUUUGACAAAAUAUUCAACUCAAUCCUGUUAAACUCCAGCAAAGGACUAACAGUCAAAAACAGUGUUUCCACUUUCUCUGAAAAAAAAAAAAAAAAUGAGGCUGCUGGACAGCUCAAAGGUCACAUCAUAAGGAAGUGGAGGGCAAAUUGUCAAAAAUAUGAAACUAUUUUGCUAGAAGAGAGCAUUUUAUCAUUAGUUUUUGCCUCAGUUAGACAGUAUUUCAAGCAAACUGUUCUGUGGAGCUUCAGUUUAUGCAUUAUUCUGUCAAAGCCAAAGAUAAAAAGAUGGCAAAGCUUUUUGGAGUGCCUUAAUGGUGUUCAGCUACCUUCUCAAAAACGUGUAUUUUUUGUGGCGGAUUCAAAAUGUGUACCAUUUAUAUGCCAUCAGCUGCACACCUACGUUGUAAACUUCAAUUUUUUUGUAUUUUGUGUCAUAUAUUCUCAAAGUGCAGCAGCCAAACCGGUGCCUCGUGUGCUAAAAUAUUCCAAAAAUGCCUUUUUUGUGUGUGAGCACCACUGCCAUUAACCUUCAAAUAUUGGAUUUGACUUCCCGUUUGAAGAAUGAUAGCAAAAAAAAGAGCGACUAGAGGCCAAAUACAUUCUGGCUAAUUCAUGCCAGACGUCUGGGUUUAUUGAGUUUAGUGAUGAGACGUUGCACGUGUUUUCAGGAGUCGUGCAUCUCAAUGUUUCCUAUCAAACAGGAAGUGAAUGUGAUUUUUUUUUUUUUUAAAGGCAAAAUUGCAUUUUUUUUAAGGUUCUGUUAUUUGAGUAGUUUUUUUCCUAAGAAAUAUAGGUUGUUUAUCAGUAAAAAUCCAGCCGUUGUAUCAUUAAUAUUGGGGAUACAUUUACAUGUAGUGAAGAAGAAGAAGCAAUAAACCUGUUUGUUAUAAGUUCUGAGGAUCAUAGACGUACGAGUAGAAGAGUCCACCACUGGUUGCUGUUAGCAAAUUAGCAGAACUCUGAUAUGUUGUGGAAAAGUAUGAUUUAAAAAAGGGUAAGCUGCAAAUUCUAACUUUCUAAAUUUCUUGCAUAUGCAUCACUACUAUAGCAUACUAACAAAAACCUCACAGAUUCCUGACAGCUUCAAAAUCUGUCACAGAAGCUCCACUGUGUAUAUAGUUUGGGAUUUUCUUCUCAGGAGCAUAUUUUCAAUAAGACUCAGCUAGAAGAUAAACCACAGUGGAAAGGACUGAAACAAGAGCACUGAUCACCUGCUGCCCUCUAGUGGUCAGACAGCAUAUUACACUCACACAGAAUUGACCAGUUCAGGUCAGAUGGAGUUAUAAAUGCUUUUGUUUGCUGUCAUACAUGAGAAUAUAUAAAUUUUUUUUAAUGAUAUAUAUCACCUGAAUUUAAUUUUUUUAGUACACCACAUUCACAACCUCUACAUAUUCUAAACAUUAAAAUAAAGGUGCUGCUUCUGCUGUUUCAGUUAGAAAGAAUUUUUUCAUGGUAUGUUACUUUUUUUUUGUUUUCUGAAAGCAACUUUCAAGAUAAUUAUUCACAUUCUACAUUUUUUUAUGCAAAUCUUAGUUUUAUAAUAGUGCCUCCACUUACUUAUCUUAAUGUAAUGUUUGAUCUCAGGAAAAUGUUCUAAAACCAGCUUGUUUUUCUCCACAUCAGAGUGAAAUCUGUCAUUCAAAUGGCUUGAAA